AAUUGAAAAAUCGGAAAUAUAUCAAACGAGAAGGAAAAUAUAUAUCAAGUUGACAUUAGUAUAGUGGAUUGUCGAAAAAUAAAUACAUAUAAUUUGUGUACUUUUAAUAUUCAUUUAAUCAAUUUUUUUUUAUAUAUUUAUUUAUACCAUGAAAUUUUACAAAGUUUUUAUCCUAUUUUUUUUCUGUGUAUAUACCAAAACAUCGUUGGUAAAUGGUGAAGAAAGUUACUGGUGGAGAGUUGCUGUAAGUCCUCAUGUUUUGAAUCAAAAUGGCUACCAUGCACAGUAUUUGAAGCAUCAUCCUUCUCAACGUGGUCUUAUCAAAAAAGUAGUACAUACCUCUACUUCGGAAUGUCAACGACUUUUUAAGUACAACCGAUGGAAUUGUAAAUCAACAAAUCCUCUAAAGCCAUUUGGAGAUAUCGUCGAUAUAGGUUGCCGUGAGACAGCUUUCAUUUAUGCGCUGACAUCAGCAUCAUUGACAUAUCACGUGAUUCGUGAAUGUUCACAAGGUCGUAUUUAUGGUUGUUACAAUCGAUGUGUGAAACCUGAAAAUGUCAAGCUUCAACAUACUCGCUUGCUUAACUCGACUCACAUCAAAAAUGAGGCUUGUGAUGAUAACAUUAAAUUUGGUGUUAACGUGUGGAAAGAUUUUGUUUUUAAAGGGGAAAAAUCGAGUGAUAUUCGAGCAAUAUUUAAUGUCCGAAAUAGUCAACUUGGUUUGCAGGAAGUUUAUAAAUCCGCUGGCUUGGUAUGUCGUUGUCAUGGUGUUUCCGGUAGCUGUGUAGUUAAAAUUUGUUCUGAAAAAAUUCCUAACAAUUUCCGAAAAAUAUCAACUCCCAUCUAUCAGAAGUACACCGAGGCUCACUUUAAUCCUUUAAAUCAAAAAAUAGUUGAGCAAAACUCAAAACAGAUCGUCAGGUUGAGAGAGAUUAUAAAUCGAAAGAAAGCAAAAACCAGGUUACCUUCUAGACGAAAACGAGGUUACAUUGCUGAUGUUAAACAAUUAGAAUUUUAUGAUUUCUCGCCGGAUUAUUGUCGGAAAUCUAGAUACAGCGCAGGUAUAAAACAUCGCGCAUGUCCGCGAUAUGUUUCUGCUGACCAAUACAAAGCCGGUGUUCGGUCAUGUGACGACUUAUGUUGUUACGGAAGAGGAGCGAAAAGAGUGGAGAGAAUCGUUAGAUCAAAUUGUAGAUUUGUUUAUUGCUGUGAAGUGAACUGUAAAGAGAGAAAAGAAAUGGUCGAUGAAUACUUUUGCGUAUAAUGCAACAAGAGUGAAUAGAGGAUUCCAGCAAAGUUAUAUCAAGGUUUUUUCUCCCAAUUUUCUGCCAAUUAAAAAACAUAUAUAUAAAUUAAUAAAAUAUUAUGAAUUUCCAUAAAACAGUAUUCUGUGCACAGGCUAGGAGAGAUUUUUUUUUCUCUAUAACUACUUGACAUAAAUCUCGUUUCAAUGUUGCAUGCCCUACGUAAUCAACUGAGCGAUAUUAACGAGUGAGCAAAAAAUCCUGCUUUAUUGAAAUUCACCUUGAAUAAGCAUAUAUAAUAUAAAUCACGUCAAAAGAAAAAGCAAUUUUGUAAAUAUCUUAAAUUUUAUUUUGUAUUUUAUGUAGCAUCUGGACACUAAAUAUUUGCUUCAGCGGCGUUGAAGCAAGCAACAUUUGUAAGACUAUGAGACUUAAAACUAGACAGGGUAAGAAUCCUACAUAUACUAUCGACAUUACUGAUGUUUAAAUCAUAUUAUUUAUAAUUUUGUAAUUUAUAAUAAAACCAAGAAAACACACUCCACGUA